AUGUCCAAUCAAACCUCAGUCACUGAAUUUCUCCUCCUGGGAGUGACAGACAUACAAGAAUUAAACCCUAUUCUCUUUGUGAUUUUCUUCACCAUCUACUUUGUCAAUAUAACUGGAAAUGGAGCCAUCUUGAUGAUCGUCAUCUUGGCAUCUCGUUUGAGCUUCUGUGGUCCCAAUCAUGUCCAUCAUUUCUUCUGUGAUAUUAAGCCAUUGCUGGAUCUGGCCUGUGGAAACACUGAGCUCAACCUUUGGCUGCUCAAUACAGUCACAGGCACCAUUGCCCUCACUCCCUUUUUUCUGACAUUUCUCUCCUAUUUCUACAUCAUCACCUAUCUUUUCCUCAAGACCCAUUCUUGCACCAUGCUCCACAAAGCACUUUCUACCUGUGCCUCUCACUUCAUGGUUGUUAUUCUGCUCUAUGUUCCAGUUCUCUUCACCUACAUCCGUCCUGCCUCAGGCAGCUCUCUGGAUCAGGACAGAAUCAUUGCCAUCAUGUACAGUGUGGUCACCCCUGCUCUCAAUCCACUCAUCUACACCUUGAGAAACAAGGAAGUGAGGAAUGCAUUGAAUAGGAAAGUUAGAAGAUGGCUCUGA